UCUCUCUCUCUCUGUCAUUUUGUAACCUACUUGGUGUUUUAUGUCUCUCUUUAGCGGAGCUCGAUGCAGAACAUGCCCAGAAAGUGCUGGAGAUGGAGCAUGCGCAGCAGGUCAAGCUAAAGGAGCGUCAGAAGUACUUUGAAGAGGCAUUUCAGCAAGACAUGGAGCAGUACCUCUCCACAGGAUACCUCCAGAUCACCGACAGGAGAGGCAGCAUGUCUUCAAUGGAGGUGAAUGUUGAUCUCCUGGAACAAAUGGAUCUCACGGAUGUGUCCGAUCACGAGGCGCUCGAUGUCUUCCUGAGCUCUGUAGGGGAAGAGAGCAACGCUCGGUCUCCUGACACAGGUGGUCCGGUUCUGGAGCCCGGCUCGUCCCCCUCAGAGAUCAGCCUGAAGGUGCCCUCACAGACCGAUCUACGGCACACCGUCUCCUCUGUCUCGUCCUCCUGCACCGACACCAUCAGCGGCGUGACCGAGGGCCCGGACGAAGAGGACGCUAGCGAGGAAAGCUGCAGCGGAGACUCUCCACUGGUCCAGUCAGAUGAGGAGGAGGUACAUGCUGACACAGCCCUCGUGGGCCUCCCAGAAACAGAGCCGCUCAAAAGCUCAGAUGACAGCGACACACAGGCCCCCUAGUGGCCAUGGAUGGCAAACGCACUCGUUUCAGUGGCUUUCUGGACGAAAACCUGUUUUACAUCAAGGCCCAGAAGAGUGCCAGAUGAAAGACCUGCCAGAUGUUUCUUCAUGGCUUAAUGCGGCACUUUAAGAUGAAGAUUUUGGAGCCUUAUAGAAUGCUGUUUGUGCUCAGCCUAGAGAGCACUUCUUUCUGACUUUUAGCACUGUGAUUUUUUUUGUUUUAUUCUUUCCCAAUACAAAAAAAAAGCCAAUGUACGACACAGUUCUUCGUAUUACCUAUUGCAUCAGAAUUAUAAUAAUAAACAUUUUACAGUGUUCCCGCUAAUAUCACUGAUGUAUGUUGCAUGAAUUUGUAACGCAGAGCUCAUUUUUGCAUAUGACAUUAUCGAGCCGAUCGAAAGACUCUGAAAUACAAUAAAUAUACCUUGAAAUAAGACGAGCCUCAAA